UCCCGGCCCGGCCUCGGGGAGCCCCGGUUCAUCUCUGUCGGCUACGUGGACGACACGCAGUUCGUUCGCUUCGACAGCGACGCGGAGAAUCCGAGGAUGGAGCCGCGCGCGGGGUGGAUACAGCAGGAGGGGCCGGAGUAUUGGGAGGAGGAGACUCGGAUUCACAAGAACAAAGAGCAGAGUUACCGAGUGAACCUGAGGACCCUGCUCGGCUACUACAACCAGAGCGAGGCCGGCUCUCACACAAUCCAGAAGCUGUCUGGCUGUGACGUGGGGUCGGACGGGCGCCUCCUCCGCGGGUACCAGCAGUACGCCUACGACGGCCGCGAUUACAUAGCCCUGAACGAUGACCUGGAAACGUGGAAGGCGGCGGACAUGGCGGCGCAGAUCAGCCGACGCAAGUGGGAGCAGGCUGGUGCUGCAGAGAGACACAGGGCCUACCUGGAGGGCGAGUGCGUGGAGUGGCUCCGCAGAUACCUGGAGCGCUGGAAGGAGACGCUGCUGCGCACAGAUCCCCCAAAGGCACAUGUGACCCAUCACCCCAGAUCUGAAGGUGAUGUCACCCUGAGGUGCUGGGCCCUGGGCUUCUACCCUGCUAACAUCACCCUGACCUGGCAGUUGAAUGGGGAGGAGCUGACCCAGGACAUGGAGCUUGUGGAGACCAGGCCUGCAGGGGAUGGAACCUUCCAGAAGUGGGCAUCUGUGGUAGUGCCUCUUGGGAAGGAGCAGAAUUACACAUGUCAUGUGCACCAUGAGGGGCUGUCUGAGCCCCUCACCCUGAGAUGGGAGCCUCCUCAAUCCACCAACUCUAUCAUGGUGGUCAUUGUUGUUCUGGUUGUCCUUGGAGUUGUGGCCAUCAUUGGAGCUAUGGUGGCUUUUGUGAUGAAGAGGAGGAGAAACAGAGGUGGAAAAAGAGGGGACUAUGCUCCAGCUCCAGGCAGGGACGGCUCCCAGAGCUCUGAUGUGUCUCUCCCAGAUUGUAAAGCAUGAAGACAGCUGCCUGGAGUGGACUGAGUGACAGCCAGUGUGUUCAGGUCUCUCCUGUGACAUCCAGAGCCCUCAGUUCUCUUUAGACAACAGUGUCUGAUGUUCCCUGUGAGCCUCCGGGCUCUAUGUGAAGAAUUGUGGAGCCCAGCCUGCCCUGCACACAGGACCCUGUCCCUGCACUGCCCUGUGUUCCCUUCCACAGCCAACCUUCCUGGUCCAGCCACACACUGGGGGACAUCUGCAUCCUGUCAGCUCCAUGCUGCCCUGAGCUGCAGCUCCUCACUUCCACACUGAGAAUAACAAUGUUAAUGUGAACUUGAUUGUUCACAUCUUCACCCUGAGGGCUUUGAUUGCUUCUCAAUUUCAUGCAUUGAGAAUUCAUAGAAUUUUUUUAAAGAAACAAAUGACAUGUGUAACCUUCCAGAACUGUGCCACUAUGCUGUGUGUAUCUGGUGGGAGACAGUGAGGCUGUGGGAACUGAGUGUGAACAGAGCUGUGCUGAGUCGGGCUCAGUCAGUUAUUAUCUGUGAUGGGGUCACUCCGUGGCUUGGUCACUCCAGGCUCUGCUGUCUCCAUCACUGUGAAGCACAUGCUGAGAGUCUGUCAUCACAAGGACACAGGGAAGGACAGAGCCUUGUCCUGUCCUCAGGAUUGUGAGCCCCAAGAGCUAAAGCUCAGAGACUCAAGUGGGGAUCCUUCAGUGUGCUGGGUGGGUGCACAAGAUAAGUCACACUACAUUUCCUCCACCCACUUGCUUUAGCUACUAAUGAUGCCGUCCUGAAUCUGCCCUGUCCCCUGCCACUGUGGUGAUGUCUGCUUCUCCUUCUCUCCAGUGUCUUUUCCGUGGUUCUCAGGCAUAGGAUGUGAUUUUCUGUUGAACUCUCAAGAACACAUCCACAGCUGAGAUAAUUGGCUUCGAUUUUUCAGAACCUAUUUUUAAUAAUGGUUCUUAAAUGCUUAACCUCCCUGCUAUCUGUCACCCACCAGAAGUCAUGGAAAAGAAAGGAUAUGAGGACACAGGGAAGUGCAGCUGUUUAGAGAUGGUUAUUUGGGGCAAAUGGAAUCUACGCUGUCAGGAUAUUAGCAGUUCAGUUCACAAGAAUCAGCAAGGGCAGCUCGAUGCAGAAGCCGGGAGGCUCAGCUGUUUAGGAGUUCCUGGGGACAAUUUCAAUCCAGCAGUCCAGGUCUGUAGUGUCAGGAUAGCAAACAGGAAUCAUCAGCUGUGCUAUGACCCAGCAGAGACAGCCAGGCCUCCACUGAAUCAGCCUGAGUCAGCAGGAGACACCAGGAGAAGUUCUCUGCGGUGCCUCUCUCAACAGAGUGAAGACCAGCGAAGAUGAAGACUUGAGACCAACAAAGCGCUGCAGAGCCAGCUAUGCGAGCCCACCAUCACUUACACUGCGCCCUAUUACACUCUCCCCAGACAUCACGUGUCCUACAGGAGUCUUGCCUCAGCACAACACCACGUGACUCUGUCUUAGCAAAACUCCACGCGUGAGCCUGUAUCAGCUGACAUAGCCAGACACUUCCCUUCACUCUGCCAAUCAGCGGCUGCAAAAGCAGCAAGAAGCCGCCAGAACAUCACCAGAAGAUUUUUGAUGCAUUUGUCUCUAUGGAGUCCUGAGAAACAAUGACCAAUAAACAAUGGUAAGGCUUACCAAUA